AUGGCCGGUCUUGGCUUGGUUGACCGCGUUGACGAAACCUGUUUCAAGGCAAAUCGUGUCACACACCACCUGGUUACCAUGCCAUCGGCACAGCAUGGAGCCCUUCAUUUUUGCACCGAAGCCAUGAUAGCGAGCGCCUUCUUGAUGAAGAAGCUGCAGGAUACUAACUUUGCCUACCCAUUCGCCGAAAGCGACGGACCUCUUCAAUACGCAUACGAGCUAAUGGGCCAGGCGGAAUUUGCCAAGCAGCACACCUACUCCAUCAUGGAAGCCCAGGGCCGCAUGGAUAGUUUCAACCAGUUCAUGGUCGGCAAGUUUCUCAAGUUCGGAACAUUUCCUGAGCGUGUAAUGUCUGCAGGAUACGAUCUCGGGGCUGCACUUGGUGUUGACGAUGCCACUGCCGAUUCUGGUCUCCGCGAGAACGAGGUCGCCAUGGUCGACAUUGGCGGUGGACAGGGUGAGCUGCUCCUUGAAGUUCAAGCCCGAUGGCCACAGCUUCAGCCUUCUCAGCUCGUUGUGCAAGAGUUCAACGCAGCUAUUGACAAUGUUCCCGGUGUACGUCUGGAGGAGUGGAAUUACAAAGUUUCGGCAGAGCAACCUAUCCGCGAUGCUCGAGCGUACAGCUUACAGCAUAUUUUGCAUAACCUGCCGGAUCUUGAUGCCGUGGCCUUGUUGCAAAAGCUUUCACGAGCGAUGGGAUCAAAGUCUCGAGUGCUGAUUGUUGAAUAUGCGAAGAAUCUGACGUAUACAAAUCUCCAUGCAAGCAUGAUUGCAUUGUACGGAGGACGGGAGCGCAGCUCGGCGGAAUGGCAUCAAAUGGCCACGAUUUGUGGCUUGAAAGUGACAUUCGAAAGGUACGAGACUGCGGGGGAAUCUUUAGUGGAGAUGCAGCGAAUUUAG